UUACAAAUCAAAAUUAUUGUUUACUUUAAAGUUAAAUUUUUACAGCCAAAAAUUUGUUUGAUUUUAUGCUACCUUUAUUGAUUUAAUAACUUUGAAGUUUUAGUUUGAUGGAUCAUUCAAAAAAGGAGUUGAAGGGUUAUAGUAUGUUAGUGGGAUGUGUACCAUCAGUCCAUCACCAUAGACUCAAAUAAAGGAUAUUUUUUUUGAGUUAAAAAGCACAUGUAGAAGAAGAUGGUGGGAUAAAAUGGACAAAGAAAUAGAGAGAAAAUAAUAGUUAAACCGAGUGAGAAAGGAAAUUGGUAUACUAGUGGUGAAGAGAAGAAAUUAGAGGAAGAAGAUGGUAUAUUAAUGGUGAAGGGAUGCUGCUGUACUAAUGAUCAUAAUAUGACUUGUUUAACCGGUUAUAAACAGGGAUGCUGAUGGAAAAAUUACAUCAAACUUUAUAUUAUUGAUGAUUAAUUUAAAGUCCGUAUUAUUGUUGGAAAAUUUAAUAUUUUUUCAUCUAAUGCUGCGAAAUAAACUCCAUACUGGUUUAAAUCAAAUAAAAAGUUUAUAUAAGAUUGAAAGUGGAAGGGGUCCUUUUACGCUUAAGUAUCUCAUAUAUAAGUCGAAGUACUAAGGCUUCGUCAAAGCCUUCAUAGCCUUUAAGUAGUCCAAUAGUUUGUAGAGUGAUGAAUCUGUAUCAUUGUUCUUGCAUCAGUCAGUGAAUUAUAGUUAGUGCAGUGGAAAUCAAUAAUGGCGGGCAAAGGAGAGUCAGGACACAAGUUACAUGCAAGAAUGAGGCUUUGGGAAUUUCCUGAUGAGUAUGUUGUUGAACCCACGGAUGGCACAGGUGGCUCCUUUUUGUCUGUCAGCCGAGUUGAUGGUUCCAUGAAGCUACUUGAUGAACUUCCACAUUGCAGUGCUGUGCGCGUGCCAAAAAUACGGACUAUCUAUGGUGUGAUUGGGGUGCUGAAACUAUUGGCAGGGCAAUAUCUAUUUGUUAUAACUGAAUGCCAAUGUGUGGGAUCUUAUUUGGGGCAUCCUAUCUAUAAAGUUUCAUCUAUGAAGAUUUUGCCCUGUGAUCAUUCUCUUAAGAGGUCCCCAGAAGAGCAGAAAAGGACAGAGGCUGAAUUUUCCUCUCUUCUAAAUGCGGCUGAGGGGACUCCUGGGUUAUUUUUCUCUUAUAAUGCAAAUCUAACUCUGAGUAUGCAGAGAUUGCAUGAUUUAGGAGAUGAAUCAAAGACUAUCCCUCUUUGGAGACAGGCUGACCCAAGAUAUUUAUGGAACAAUUAUAUGAUGGAAGUUCUUAUUGAUAACAAGCUUGAUCAAUACUUACUUCCCAUCCUGCAAGGAAGUUUCCAUCACUUCCAAGCUGCUAUUGGGAAAGAUAUAAUUGAUGUUACUUUGAUUGCACGUAGAUGUAACAGGAGGACUGGUACUCGAAUGUGGAGAAGAGGAGCUGAUCCUGAUGGUUAUGUUGCUAAUUUUGUUGAAACCGAGCAAAUUAUGCAGUUAAAUGGUUAUACAGCAUCUUUUGUGCAGGUACGUGGGUCAAUGCCAUUCUUGUGGGAGCAAAUUGUUAAUCUUAAAUAUAAACCAAAUUUUGAAAUUGUGAAACCAGAAGAAGCGCCCGGAGUUGCUGAUCGGCAUUUUCUGGACUUGAGGAAAAGAUAUGGUGCUGUGGUAGCUGUUGACCUAGUCAAUAAGCAUGGAGGUGAGGGCCAGUUAUGUGAGAUGUAUGGGAAUGCUAUGCAGUCGAUUGUUAAUGAAGAUAUAAGAUAUUUGCACUUCGAUUUCCAUCGUAUUUGUGGACAUAUUCAUUUUGAACGACUCUCUAUGCUGUAUGAUCAAAUCUCAGAGUUUUUGAGCAAAAACAGGUAUCUUCUGCUUAAUGAAAAAGGUGAAAAACUAGAAGAGCAAACUGGCGUUGUGAGGACUAAUUGUAUUGAUUGCUUAGAUCGUACAAAUGUGACACAGAGCAUGAUAGGGCGAAAAAUAUUGGAAUCUCAAUUAAGACGCAUUGGUAUUUUUGGGGCUGAAGAGACCAUUAGUGCUCAUCCGAACUUUGAUGAUAAUUUUAAGAUAUUGUGGGCUAAUCAUGGGGAUGAUGUGAGCAUCCAGUAUUCUGGCACCCCAGCUUUGAAAGGAGAUUUUGUUAGAUGUGGAAAGCGUACAAUUGAAGGUAUUCUUAAGGAUGGAUUUAACGCUCUUGCUAGAUAUUAUCUGAACAACUUUUGUGAUGGAACAAGACAGGAUGCAAUCGAUCUUGUACACGGAAACUUUAUUGCUUCUGUUAGCCGAGAUACAAGCAAUCAACUUCAAAAGGGAAGCCUUGAGACUCUAGCUUCUCUUCCUAUAGCUCUUUCCCUCGUCUUGGCCGCAUUCUUUUUUUCGAUCCUGUCUCUGAAGCAAGUUCGACAUAGUUGGUGGAACCUCUUUUUUUCACUUAUGUGGGCAAGCGUAACCGUUGCUAUAGCUGCAUUUGUGAGAGCCAAUGGCCGAAUGUUCUGCAAUCGACCCCGUCUGCAUAAGCCUCGACGCUGAUGGAGAUACAAAAUAUUUUCAAAUAGGACGAUUCAUUUGCAAGUUAUUGAUUGCUUCUUGCACCAUUUUCUGUCAUUAAAUUUAGUGAUGGCAUUUUAGUUUUUUGUUCCUAUUUGAUUCAUAUUCAUUUUCUAUAUGAUUGGGGUUUUCUGAUAGGCAGCUCUCCUUAUGGCCAUUCUGGCACUGUAAAUUAAGUUUGGGUGAAGCCCACGAGUGCUUCUUUGUUAUACUGAAUACUACCUUACUUUUUCUUGAUGUGUGGAUGAAUACUACACUUGCAUUUUAUACCCUCGAGGUUUACAAAUAUAUUCAUAUAUUUUUUCAA